CCAUGCUUCGGAAGGACUACAUUAUAAUUAUUUAUAAUAUUGUAUACUUUUUCUUGUUUGCGGAUGAUUUACCGGCAAAUCAGUUCUUUUUUUUCUCGCGAUUGCAUAACGAGAAACAAGCGUGAUGUGUAAGGAGCGAUCUAGCUUAGAGAGAUGAAUUAUAAAUCGCUGGCCGCGCAUAAUUCAGCUUGUAAUUGGAUAUUUCGUAUAUUUCAGGAUUGCGAGAAUGAGCAUCCGUACCGAAAGUAUCUGGGAUACUGCGAGCAUAUCCAGAAGCAGAUGAAGGAAUGCAUAAAGGAACAAAGAGAAAUUCAUAGGAAAGAAAGCGCAGAAUUCAGAUACAAAAAGAGACAAAACGCGCAGCAAGAUAAUAGCAAUUAAUUGUUAAUACAUGAAUAUAUUUGUUAUUAAUAAUUUAAUUAUCGAUUAUUAAAAAACAAUAGAUUAGAAUUUAUUUUUCUAAUCAUACAUACGUACAUGUGUGUUAUAUGUGCGUUACUUGUCACAACUACGGAGCACCCACCGAAUUUGAUUUACACACUCGUAAAUCUGAGACUUGGAAUUUAAUAUGGAUUUGAUAUCAGACGUUCAUGAGCCAGAGAUCAAACGUUUGAAGUCUGAGAAUGAGUGUGACAAGAAGACGUGCAAAGAGAAGCAGAAUAGUGACAUUCAAGAAAAUACUUCUGACGCAAAAGAAAUCUCUUUUGAACAGUCGCAAGAGCGGAAGGAAGAUAGCGAAAGACUGGAAGAAAGCGAUAAUGAGGAUUCAGUUAUUGACAACGAUGAUGGGUUCAAGUUUCCCCCUGAUGAUGAUGCGUCCGAUAUGCUAGAUGAAGUGGAGUAUGAUGGUCAUUUUCCCACUGUUACUGAUCGCUAUUUUACCCCCUAUUACAAAAUGAACGUUCAAUCGCCCGGAGACGAUAUAUGCAUACGAAUACACAGUAAUCGUAUUUGUAUGUUGUCUCUGGCACCUAGUCACGUCAUUCUGCAAGGUGAUAAAGACAUAACGAAGGUCAGUUUUAAGGUCAGUGAUAAGUUAGACAGAUCUCAGAAUAAAGUCUCCGGUAAGGGUAAACAUGGCGCACAACCAUUGCAAACUAAUUCGAAUAUCUGUAGCAUAUGCUCCGAUGGACAGACCUAUAUGAUUAAGUGUUGUAUGAUUGGAAAGUUAGUAGAGAUUAAUGAGAUGUUGUUGGAAAAUCCAAGGCUUCUCAGAAACCUACCACAUAAAGGUGGCUACUUGGCUAUAAUAUUACCGAAUCUAAAGUUUCUGGAGAGUUUGAAACAAUCUCUAUUGACUCAUGAACAAUAUAUUGAACUAAUUAAAGAAAAAGAGAAAAUAACAGCACAAACAUGAAAUGCAAUAUAUGGAUAUAUUUAGAUCACAUUUGCAAUAAUUUACAUUGGAUGAAAAAUUAUUUGGUCGAGAAAAAUUUAAUGAUAAAUACAAACACUUUAUAAAAAAAAGAAAUGAAAAUUAUCAGAAUUUAAAAUAAUUCAAACUGGACAAAUAAAUUCUCUAUAAAUUUAA